AUGCUCGACCCAGGAGCCAUCAUUGCGUUAACUCUCCUCGCAUAUCAAGGGGCUGACCAUGCAUGGCAUAUAUUCCAAGAUGCCCUACACUACUCUUCAGACUCAGAAGACUUACUUCUCCAACUUGAACUUGAACGGUUCCGCUUCCAAACAUGGGCAAAAAAUGCAGGGCUCGCAGAGGGCGGGCUCUCUCCAGGCUUGCUUCCAAUAUAUGAAAUUGUGGAAAGAACACUACAAGUAAUUGGUGAACUAUUCAAAAAUGCCGAUGAGCUACGUGAUAGGUAUGGUCUCUGUGCCUCACGGUCGGAAGCGGUGGAGCUGGACAAGGUCAAGCGAUUCAUCAGCAAGAUGAGAAAAUCAAUUCGAGCGAGUGGCAUUAAACUCGAUUCUGGAGCAGAAACUGAAGCAAGAAAUGAAAUUGAGCAGCCAUGUGAACCUGAGGCAGGUCGGCCUAUCGGACGGGCAAAACGCUUGCGAUGGGCUGUUCAGGAUAGGAAGCAGUUCCGGAAACUGAUAGCCGAUCUCGAAUCAUACGUUGCAAAGCUCAGCCAACUACUUUCGGAAACGCAGCAAAGAUCUGUAAUAGACGAUCAGAAGAGAAUUGAUAUUGUCUUUGUGGGGAAUGCCAAUGAUGAUGGGUCUCUUCAGUGGAUCCGAGAUGCUCUUGGACAAGAGCCACAAACUUCAUCGAUCCGUGCGUUGGUGGAGCGAAAAGCAUUGGUUGAUGGGCGGCCCGCAGGGCCACACUCCGGUCCAGCAGCUCUCAUCCCUUUGAUGAUGACGGAAUUUUCGACCCCUGCUGGAUAUCAGACGCAGAAUCGUUUCGUGGCUAAAAGUAUCCAGUCCGGCGACUAUGUCCUUCUAGAAAAGAAGUCCUAUGAUAGCGAUAUAUCCAUGCAAGACAAGCACAUUCUAACGAUGAGAGUGAGCCGCCUCGUUCUCCUGUUAAGUGCAACCAAGUCUCCAGAUUUUCAAACCUUACGAGCAAUUGGGCUUAUUCUCGAUCCGACAAAUCAUUGCUGGUGGAUAGUCUUUAAAUUCCCAACAACGAUCAUACCAGCGAUUAUCCCGACCGCGGUCUCGAUUCAACCAGUAUCGCUUCUUUCUCUGCUGGAAUCGAAGCUGCGACCAUCACUGGAAACUCGCUUUCGCCUCGCCAACAAGCUUGCCAUUACACUGUCUGAGCUCUAUAGCAGCAGCUGGCUACACAAAAAUAUACGCAGCGAAAAUAUCAUUUUCCCGGCCCUGUAUGAAAUGAAACCUAUUCAGAAAAAGGAACAAUGGCCGCUCGGCGCCGACUCUAGUCUGCUUUUAUCACCACUAGUUGCAGGUUUCAAUUACUCUCGACAAGAGACAGAGACACAAACAAUCGACAAAAACCGGUUCCAUGACGAUAUCAGGCCAGUGAUCUACAGGCACCCGAACUACCAAGGUGAUGCGGCCCAGGGAUACCGGAUUGAUUACGAUAUCUACUCUUUUGGACUCGUGUUGGCAGAGAUCGCGUGGUGGGUGCCUCUGUCGUCAUUCCUAGAUGCGAAGUUGUCCAAUGAUUCUGCAUCAUCGACAAAGAACCGUGUUUCAAACACUACAACUACAGCUCCAGCUACUAGCACCUCCGCUACUUCAGUUCAACUUUCCUCCACUAUGAAACGGUUCCAGCAACCCGAAGCGCUGGAGCUGCAAAGACGUGUGACCUCGCGAGCGGACCGCGAGUUACCGUUUCGAGUUGGCACGGCAUAUUUUGAUGUCGUGAAAUGGUGCUUGGGCUUCGCUGAUCGGCAUAAUGACGUCGACGGCACCAUAGGCGGGAGAGCUACGGCUGAUACCGUUGCUGCCACUACUGCAAGUGAGGGCUUUAAUGAUUGGCACCCAGCAUUGGAGUUUUAUAACCGGGUUGUUGUACCGCUCAAGCAGCUUGCCAACUGA